ACUACUAUCUGAGCUUGCUCAACUCGGGUGUAGAGCUUCUGUCAAAAAGGCCCAAAUUUGCCAGCAAGAAGUAAUCUUCCUGGACUAUUCCCUUAGGGGCAGUAAACAAUGACUCACAGAGCCCAGAAAACAAACUGUUGUGCAGAUACCACCCCCAUCUAAUAAGAGGCAACUCAGAGAGUUUCUUGGAACUGCUGGCUUUUGCAUGUUAUGGAUACCUGGGUUUGCAACCUUAGCUGCUCCUUUAUACCUGUUGUUAAAGGGAAAUGCCCAAUUCCAAUGCAACCCUGAACACCAACAAGCUUUUGAUAACAUCAAAAGGGCGCUGCUAUCUGCUCCGGCCUUAGCACUCCCAGAUGUAGAAAAACCCUUUACUCUCUAUAUUGAGGAAAAGAAAGGAAUAGCACGAGGAGUGCUUACUCAAACUUUAGGACCUUGGAGAAGGCCUAUAGCCUACUUAUCUAAAAAGCUGGACCCAGGGGCUAGUGGAUGGCCCCAUUGCCUAAAAGCUAUAGCAGCGGCGGCCCUACUAAUCAAAGAUGCUGAUAAGUUAACGCUGGAGCAGAAGCUAACCGUUAUAGCCCCCCAUGCCCUAGAGAGCAUCAUCCACCAGCCACCAGAUAGAUGGCUAUCAAACUCUAGAAUAACACACUAUCAGAGCCUGUUGCUUGACAAGGACAGAAUAAUAUUGGGACCCCCUGCCGCACUUAACCCGGCCACACUACUACCUGAACAAUCAUCAGAACCCGUCACUCAUGACUGUCAACAUAUACUGGCAGAAGAAACCAGUAUACAAUGGGAUUUAAAGGAUCAGCCACUGCCCCACCCUGAGGUCAUAUGGUUCACUGAUGGCAGCAGCUUUCUCCAGGACGGUAAGCGGUGGGCUGGGGCAACAAUAGUUAGCAGAACUAAAGUCAUCUGGUCCUCUAGCCUCCCGGAGGGAACAUCGGCUCAAAAGGCAGAGCUGAUCGCCCUCACGAAGGUAUUAGAGCUAGUGGCAGGCAAAAAGGCCACCAUAUACACAGAUAGCCGCUAUGCCUUCGCUACUGCUCAUUUAUACGGGGCUAUCUACCAGCAAAGGGGACUAUUAACCUCGGCGGGAAAAGAAAUAAAGAACAGAGAUGAGAUCCUCCGCCUCCUCUCAGCAAUACAAAGCCCUAAAGAACUAGCUAUAGUGCACUGUCCAGGACACCAGAAAGGAAAUGAUCCCGUAGCGGUCGGGAAGAGGAGGGCGGAUAAAGAGGCUAAAUUGGCAGCUCUAAACAGAGUAACCAUGUUAACACUUUCCAUACGGGGGAAAUAUGAAUCAAGAGAUUUAACUACAUCAGAGCACCCCGACAAUUUAACAUCUGAGGACACUGACACUGAACUCCUUGAAAACACUGAACCCAACUUGCAAUUUCAGAAAGCCCUACACUACGUUAAGAAUGUACAUCAACUCACUCACCUUGGUUCAAAGAAACUGCAGGCAUUCCUAAAGGAUCAAGAACAGAGUUUUCCACUAACCGGCUCACAGCGAAAAAAAUUAGCUGAACGAGUAACAAAAGCCUGUCGGGUCUGUCAAUUGGUUAAUGCUUACCCUUCCAAGCUUCCUAUAGGAAGACACCUUCGAGGAACCAGACCAGGACAAUUCUGGGAAAUGGACUUUACUGAAAUUAAACCAUCAAGGUAUGGACUUAAAUAUCUCCUAAUCUUUGUAGAUACAUUUUCAGGAUGGAUUGAAGCCUUCCCCACAAAAAAAGAAAUGGCACAAAUGGUGGUCAAGAAGAUCCUGGAAGAUAUUUUUCCAAGAUACGGCCUGCCUAAGACUUAAAGCUCUUGAAAGAACCCAGCGAUACCUGUGGAAACAGCUGGCCACUGCCUACCAACCUGGGGAUGAAGGAACUCCACACCGAUAUCAAAUGGUGUAAGAGACUUCGUCUACAUAAGACGACAUCAGGUGUCAUCCCUAGAACCCCGCUGGAAAGGACCAUACCAGGUGCUACUGGACAAAUUAUGAUCUAUCUCACAUACAUCCCCCUUAGGGACCUGGUGGCCGUCUCUCCACCCAGACAUUUGUCAGCUGGCUUAGGUCUUUCCUAUUGGGUAUCCCUGAUGAAGAGGAUCCCACCAAAAUUCCAUUAAAUCCCUUCCGUACCAUAGAUAAUAGAAACAAACAUUAUGGAUGUAGGGACACGAGAGCCAGUUGUAGGUUGGCUAACCUAGAUUACUAUGUUUACCUGGCGGACUAUCAAAGCCACAAACAGUCAUGGCUGUGUGGGGGAAAAACCGACUACUUCUGUAAGUCAUAAGGAUGUGAACAUACAGGGGCUACCUGAUGGAACCCAAACCUCCUUCGGUUCUCAGACCAUUGCCCCCUUGCUGAAGUACAGGUACUGAGGUAUCUCUCCACCCAUUCACUCCUCUCUUCUCCUGUCAGUGCCCACACCGGGUCCCACCAGGUCCUCUUACCAGCUAACCCAAAGCUCAAACCAGCUGAGGAGAGCCCUCAGACCCCUAUCCAAGAUGUAAUGAAAAUGGCCUUUAAAGUUGCUUUGUCAUCACUGAAAACAGGUUACUAAAAAUUUAAAGUCCCUCACAGGCUUUUUGAGAUACUCACUCCAGUCUUUCCCUCUGCUCUACCUGUUCUACUGCUCAAGUUUUUGUUGCUAGGAAGAUCCCAAGCCCCUUUCCCAUUAUUCUUCUACAUCUCUCCUUCCUCAUUCUCAGAUCCACGGAGCUGCUCUCAGCACCGCCUUCCCUGUCCUCCCCCUCUAUACCAGGCCCACAGAAAAGUCUUGACUGACCUUCUCCAGAAGUCUUCACCAUGGCUGACUUUAGGACUUUCAGCAAAAGAGUCCCUAUAAAAGAGUUCAGUGU